AUGAACAUGAAGUUGAACAGCUCACGGACGCAGAAUGCAAUCUCUGGUGGUGUCCUCUUCUUCGCCGUUGGCAUUUACGCAGCGGUGCUCAACCUUGGAGCCGGUGGAGGAGGGGUCGAUGCGGCUCAUGUCAACAACAUCGUCGCCGCAGUGUUCUAUGGUGUCUUUGGCGUGACGGGAACUUUCGGUGGGAGUACUCUGAAUACCCUGGGACCCAGAUAUACCCUUAUGAUCGGUGCCUUUGGAUAUCCGUUCUACGUCUCAGGCUUAUGGUAUUUUGAUUAUGGCCCGGCGAAAACCAGUUCAGAAGUAUACCCUAUUAUCGGCGGUGCGGUCGUGGGAUUCUCUGCCGGACUUCUCUGGACAGUGUCCAAUUUCAUCGCCUUUGGAUAUGCGCCCGAGCAUGAGAAAGGGACGUUCUUCAUGAUUCAGAACAGCUUGGGAGGAGCAGGCGCUCUGGUUGGUGCCGCCGUGGUCCUGGGUGUAAGCCUCAACGAUCCCACGGUCCAUGUUACACCGCAAUCAGUCUAUGCCACUUUCCUAUCACUGAUGAUGCUUGGAGUGGGCCUGGCCUGGUUCAUCUGCAAACCUGAAGAUGUCCGGCACGAAGGGAAGCCGAUUGCUGUCUUUCGACACGAAUCAUGGUGGAACGAAACCAAGGGGAUUGCCAUGCUAUUCAAAGACGUUCGCACUUUGUUGGUUGUUCCACUCCUUUUGAACUGUGAAAUUCCUGUCACUCUCCAGCCAACCAUCAGUGCUUAUUGGUUCAACCUUCGGACUCGGUCUUUGUGUGUCUUCAUCGGUGCCAUUUUCGAGAUCCUCGGAUUCAUGUCCAUGCGGAUGAUCCUUGACACCGAGAAGCUAUCCCGGAAAGCACGAGCGUAUCUGGGCUUCGCAUACAUGUUCACCACUCUCCUGGCUGCCUAUGCGGGAGAGCUUGGAUGGAUGUAUACACGCCCGAGUGGGACAUUUACCCAGACUAAUGGAGUGGAUUGGACUGAUCCUGGGUUUGCCGGCUUCUUUGUCAUCUUCCAGCUCUUCCAACUGAGUGUCACCUCUGUACCCAUGUUUAUCUCGUGGCUGGUCAUGACCAUCACGAACGAGCCAAUGAGGGUUGGUCGGUAUGCCGGGCUUUUAAAAGGAGGAACAGCUUCCGGUAUAGCUGCAUUUUUUGGUGUCGCCGCGUCAGGCACGGUCUCUCUUCAACAUCAAAGCAUCGCUCAGUUCGUAGCCCAAGUCGGGUCAGCACUGCCAGUACUAUACUAUAUUGGGAAAUACGUGACGGAGACAAAUUAUGAAGUCGAGAAAGAUGUGGUGUUCAUCCCAACCCAUGAAGCCGAGAUUCUGCAUCUUGCUUUGCCAGCAGACUCUCCCAGAAGCAGUCAUACCCCAAUUUCGGAGGAGGUUGUCACCGACAAGCAUUGA